AAAUUUACCGCUUCAUUUUAAAGGGUUCCCACCGAACGGAAGAAAUAAGAGAGCAUGAGAGAAGUAAAGGAAAAGAGGAGAUUCCAGCACCGCCGUCCGAAGAGGGGGCACAACCAUGAGCAGGGUCAGAGUCAGAAUAAGGAGACCUCGUAGGCGAUUGUUGCGCUAACUGACGAUCUUAAAAACCAGUUCAUCAAGCGGGGAAAAGAAAAGCAGAGUUGAAAGAUGGGGACUUAUAGGAUGUGCGGGUGCUUUACUAGGAAGUUCAAAAUCAUUGAGGCGGCACCACCACCGGAUGUUAUAGCUGCAUUCGAGAAGUGCGCCGAAGGUGGGCCUCAAAUGACGGCAGAGCAGUUGCAUAGGUUCUUGGUGGAUGCGCAGGGGCAAGGCGGUGCGAAGGUCUCCGACACGGAAGAGAUUCUGCUGCAGGGUCUGCAGAAACGACACCAUAUGGCGAAGUUCAGAAAACACGCACUGACCCUCGACGAUUUCCAUCAUUACUUGUUUUCUGCAAAUCUAAAUCUACCAAUUGAUAAUAAGGCUUCUUUGGCGUUUACAAGCCUGGUCAUUGCAGCUAUUCCUACACUGUUUUGAACGAUUGUAGUAGAAGAUCUCAUGGGAACUUAGUUUAAUUGUGGAUUCACCAUCUUCACCUCCUGAAGAGUCACUUGUGCCUUAUAAUGACGAUGAAGAUGAUGAAAGGAGAGCAUUGAAUCACAUAGGCAGCAGAGAAGAAGAUGGUCACAGAGUUGAAAGUGAAGAAGAUGAUGAAGAUGAAGAUGAUCCAUAUCCCUGGAGUUGAUUACUGUACAUUAUGAACUUGUGCAUUUUUUUUUUUUUGCAAUCAAUUAGUUGCACUAUUUGAACUUGUAAUUUUGCAAUUUAAAUAUUAACAUGAUUUUUCAAUAUUUUGAUUAAAAAAAUUAAUUUAUUAUAUGAUUAAA